AUGGCUUCCUCACUCCAGCCUUCUUCGCAACCUUUAGAAUUCCCUAGUUCAGGGUUCAAGGUGAUAGCACCGUCGACUCCAGUGGAAGAAGAAUCGAUCCCGAACUACAAGGCGCAGAGAUAUUAUCCAGUUCGUAUCGGAGAAGUCUUCAAUCAGAGAUACCAGGUCGUAGCGAAGCUAGGCUACGGCUCAAGCUCGACUGUUUGGCUUUGCCGCGAUCUUGGGGAGCGCCGAUACAUUGCCUUGAAAGUAUACGUAAAUAGCUCCAAGGUCCAUCGAGAGCUUCCAAUCUACCAGCGUAUCAAUCAAACCCAGUCCAAUCACUCCGGUCGAGCAUGUAUCCGCAUGCUUCUCGACUCAUUUGAGAUUCGUGGACCAGACGGGAAACAUAUCUGUCUAGUCCACCAGCCGCUAGGAAUGAGCCUACACGACCUCAAAAUGCGGGCUCGGGGCAAAGUCUUCAGCAAAGAAGUAUUACGAAUCUCGAUUCGCCAACUUUUAGUUGCCUUGGACUUUCUUCAUAGGGAUGCACAUAUCAUACAUACUGACUUGCAGCCGAGCAAUUUACUGAUGGGUAUCGAUGAUGAGAGUUUCUUUGCCCAGUACGAACAGAACGAACUCGAUGACCCGAGCCCCCGGAAAUCUCUCGAUGGCCGCACUAUAUACCUCUCGCGGCCACUUCCGCUUUCCUUUGGACCUCCAGUGCUCUGCGAUUUCGGCGAGGCUCGAUUUGGCGAAGGAGUCCAUCGCGACGAUAUCAUGCCCGAUGUGUAUCGAGCUCCCGAAGUUAUCCUAGGCAUGAAAUGGAGCUAUUCGGUUGAUAUUUGGAAUGCUGCUAUGGUUGUUUGGGAUCUUUUCGAACAUAGUCAGCUUUUCACUGGGAGACGCUCGGAUGGAAAAUAUGACGAUGGGAACCAUCUCGCAGAAAUGAUCGCAAUCCUCGGUCCCCCGCCCCCUGGAUUCCUCGCUCGCACGGAGAACAGCCUGCGGUACUGGGAUGAGAAUGGCAAAUGGAGAGACCUCAUUCCCAUUCCCAACGCCAACCUCGAACGGCUCGAACAAAGACUGGUCGAUGGGGAUAAAGACGGAUUCUUGCAGUUUGUGCGGAAGAUGCUUACCUGGAUUCCGGAGGAAAGGCCUUCUGCGGAGGAGCUCAUCUUUGAUCCGUGGUUGAUGGAAGGGCUGUUUGAUUCGUAG